CCAUGUUCAACAUUACUUGGAUCCUGUCGGAACUUUUCUGGCCAUACAGUGUGCUGCUACUUCUGUGCUAUGUCUAUGUACAGUAUUCAGCUGUGAACAGGUUCAUAAAAACUGGCAGUAAACAGAAUGUUCUAUUCGUCACAGCACACCCUGAUGAUGAGUGUAUGUUUUUCUCCCCAACGAUUUUAUCCCUUCUCAGAGAGAACCAUAACGUGUACCUUGUGUGCCUGAGUAAGGGAGAUUUUUAUGGACAAGGAGAUGUUCGGAAAAAGGAAUUAUUGGCAAGUUGUGCGAAAUUAGGAAUUCUUCAAAGUCAUGUGACUAUUGUUGAAGACGAGAGGUUCCAAGAUGGGCCCGAAAAUAAGUGGAGUACUGAUGCUAUUGCUGAGCGUGUUUUAAGUGUUGUGAAGCGUGUCAGGGCAGAUAGCGUGGUUACGUUUGAUAGUCAUGGGGUUACCGGACAUGCAAAUCAUAUAGCAGUGUGUAAUGGUAUUAGGAAAUUGUUUAGUGGUAAAGAUAUGGAAGAUGUUUCUGUAUUUACUCUAGAGAGUACCAACAUCAUUAGGAAGUAUAUGUCGAUUCUUGAUUUACCUAUGAGCAGUAUUUUUUGUACAUGGACAUUUAUCAGCUCGCCAAUGGAUGUCUUAAAAUCCUGGCGUGCAAUGGCAGCUCACAAUAGUCAAUUUGUAUGGUUUAGAAAGUUGUACAUCAUAUUUUCUAGAUAUAUGUAUGUAAAUACCUUAUGUGAAAUGAAAUAGAACAUGUAUUUUAUUAGCACACAUAAGCUGAUAAUAGGCAUUAUCUUCGGUUCAUUUCAUUUACAUAAAAUCAAGAUCAAACUAGUGUAUUAUUCAGGUAUAUUGGACGGAUAGUAACUCUCUGUGAGUGGGUAAAAUUGUUCUUGCAAUCAUUCCAUUGUUCAAUGUGUCACUGUUCCUUAGAGAGUGAAGUUAUGCAGGUUCUGGCAAGUAGAAGUACACCGAUAUAAACAUAUCUUACUUUUGAAUAAAAUGAUUUUUGAAUAAG